AAAGUGUUUAACACUAAAGUUGAACACUUAAAAUUGUUCAAUAUCAGGGUUGGCUAUGAAGCUUCAGACACAUUUAAGUGUUCAAAUUUCCUGUUGAACACUUCGAAAUAUUCAAAUAUCCUGUCAAACACCCAAACGUGUGCAACAUAGUGUUGAGCAUGUGCACGUGCACGCCAGUUGAACACUUUAUUUAUCAGUGAAUUGCUUUGUCACUACAAAUGAGCAUUGCUUCGCAAUUGCGAAGGAUUUUGGCAUUCGUAACGUUGUCACUGUGUGCGCCCGUGGAGUGGGUGGUCGUGCGAGAGAGAUGAGGCGAUUCUGCGAAGUCCUCUCCCGUCGCACGCAAGCUCCCUAGCCUCACACUCAUUGCCACCCGUGUGCGCUUCGUGCGGGAGCCACCCCGCGGUAGAGCGCCCAGCCGGCCCAACAGAAGAGGGGCACCUCACCGGCGGACUGCAGAUGACCGUCGUCAAUUGGGAUGACGAGAAAGAGGAGGGACACUCUGCGCCGGGGCAAAGUAAAGGACUCGAGGCUGGACUGGCGCCUGUAGCAGUAGGGGAUGAAGACGAGGAGGAGGACGAGGCCGCCGGCGUGCUGCAGAUGCCGGUGUUCUACAUGCGCGCGGUGUUCCUUUGGCCCGAGGGCCUGAGCGCUAUGCAACGCUUCCUGGCGCGCUACGUGUUCCCGCUGUUCAACACUCAGAUCGUGCUCGGCGGGCUGGCCUUCAUCGUCCUGGAGGAGCACCCCAACUUCAUGCCGCCGCUCACCACCGCCGGGGACUGCAUGGCGGCCAGCGUCCUCAUCGCCAAGCUCAUCGUGCUGCGCCGGGCGGGCCCACGGCUUGUGGAGAUGCGUCGGCAGCUGCAGUACGGCUUCAAGAUGUUCGAGAGCCAGGCCGAGCCCGAGGCGUCGCGGGUCAACGCGAGGUGUGUGUCCCGCUGCCGCACCAUCUCCCGCCGCUUCGCCUGGCUCUACCUGCCGCUGUCCGUGAGCGCGGCCUUGCUGCUGAUCUUCAACGCCUUCGCCCCCGCCGACCAGCGCCACAUCAUCGCCAACGCGCCCCGGGCACUGCUGAUCUGCCCCUACACUUACUGGCCCCUGUUCGUCUGCAACAUGGGAGGAAUCGUCACCUUCCUCUUUUUCAGCGCGGGGUACGACACGCUGUUCCUGUCACUGUGCCUCCACCUCAGCUGCAAGUGCGAGAUCCUCCGGGUGCUGCUGCGGCGAGCAGGCAAGCACCACGGCCUGGCUCUUCAGAAAGAGGCUGGAGACGGGGGUGCGCAUGAUCAGGUCAAGAAAAAUUACGAGUUCGAGCACUGGAACGACGAUGGCACUGCCUUCGACGCGAACUCGCACGCGGGCUCCAGACGGGAGAUGGACGACCACCUGCGGUCUUGCGUCCGUUACCACCACAUGGUCAUCAGGCUCCGGGACGAGACGGAGCGCAUCUUCUCCGGGGUUUCCCUGUUCCAGAUGCUCUACGUCCUGCUGGCGCUGUGCAUCCCCGCCCUCAGGCUGCUGCACGAGAAAACAAUUAGCGCCGUCGAUGUGGUCUUCAUCUUGCUCUACUUCGCGUGGAACUUCUCUCAGCUGCUUUUUUACUGCUGGUUCGCGGAUGUUCUGGCGGAGGCGUCGGAGGAAGUGUCGGUGGCCGCGUACGCAGCCCUGCGGCCCCCAGCCGUGGACGGGGCGGCGCUGGGCCUCGACAGCCCCGUGUGCAGCCUGGGCCGGGCGGGCGGCGCCACCCUGCGGCUCAUCACGCUGCGCGCCCAGCGGCCGCUGCACCUCACGGCCGGCCGCAUCACCAACCUCACCCUGGUGCUGUACCUGGAGAUAAUACGGAGGUCCCAGUCCAUCUUCUCGUACUUGAUCCGGCUGAGAUAAGUAAACAACAGCUUUUCAUCGUGACCCACUUCGAACACGACUGUUUUGGUUUGGGUUAUUCAUUCAAGAAACGCGACAACAUUUGUACUUUUUUUCUAUUUUUGAAGUAAGAAAAAGCGUACACUGGAAAUGCAAGUGUGUGAAUGUCGCUCACCUGCAGGUGAGCGACAUUCCAUUCGUACACUUAGGUGGGUAAAGGUGUGAAUUUUUCCUAGAAAAUUCACACGUUUACCCCCGUAAGUGUACGAAUGGAAUGUCGCUCAUCUGCAGGUGAGCGACAUUCACACACUUGCAUUUUCAGUGUAAGAACUUUGUGUAUGUGCUUUACGAGAUCUCAAUGAGGCAGUCUUAUGCGUUCUGCGUUCUAGAUUUAGCUGUUCGUGUUUAAAAUAUUUAAUGAGACAAAUCACGCUUCUU